GAGCUUUGCCUCCUACUUUUUGUUGGGACCUGGGAGAGAAAAUUACCCCGCAGAGGAAAAAGACACAAGUUAUAAACUAUGGAAAUAUACGAGCUCGCUGUUUAGUCGUCUACAAUGCAAGCGGACGUGCUUUCACCUUGAAUUCUUACGAGGAGGUUUUUGUGUGGUAGUGUAACCCUCCCUCACCAUGCUGAGUUUCCUGCGCAGGACGCUGGGGCGGCGUUCCAUCCGGAAACAUGCAGAGAAAACUCGGUUACGGGAAGCCCAGCGUGCCUCGACGCACAUCCCUGCUGCUGGGGAUGCAAAGUCUAUCAUCACCUGCCGCGUAUCCUUACUGGAUGGGACAGACGUCAGCGUUGACCUACCGAAAAAAGCCAAAGGUGAGGAGCUGUUUGACCAGAUCAUGUACCAUCUGGACAUCGUAGAGAAAGACUACUUCGGACUGCGCUUCAUGGACUCCGCACAAGUCCCGCACUGGCUUGAUGUUACAAAAAGUAUCAAAAAGCAAGUGAAAAUCGGCCCACCAUACUGCCUUCACCUGAAAGUUAAGUUUUACUCGUCAGAACCAAACAACCUGCACGAGGAGCUCACCAGAUAUUUAUUUGUGUUGCAGUUAAAGCAAGACAUCCUCAGUGGCAAGCUAGAGUGUCCGUUUGACACAGCGGUGGAGUUGGCUGCCUUCUCGAUACAGGCUGAGCUAGGCGACUGUGACCCAUUAGAACAUAAUCUCGACCUGGUGUCAGAAUUUCGCUUCAUCCCAAACCAGACAGAAGAUGUGGAGCUAGCGAUAUACAAUGCAUGGAAGGAGUGCAGAGGUCAGAUGCCAGCCCAAGCUGAAAUCAACUACCUGAAUAAAGCAAAGUGGCUUGAAAUGUAUGGGGUGGACAUGCACAUGGUCAAGGCAAGGGAUGGGAAUGAGUACAGUCUGGGUUUGACACCCACUGGAGUUCUGGUGUUUGAAGGACAAACCAAGAUAGGGCUCUUCUUCUGGCCCAAGAUCACUUGUCUGGAUUUCAAGAAGAGCAAACUGACACUGGUGGUUGUGGAGGAUGAUGACCAGGGCAAAGAACAGGAGCACACCUUUGUCUUCAGGAUGGACCACCCCAAGGCCUGUAAGCACCUCUGGAAGUGUGCAGUGGAACACCAUGCUUUCUUUAGGCUGAGGGGGCCGGUGCACAAGAACUCAGCACGCUCUGGAUUCAUACGCAUGGGAUCACGCUUCAGAUACAGUGGAAAGACAGAGUAUCAGACAACCAAGGCCAGUAAAGCAAGGCGGUCAGCCUCCUUUGAGAGAAGGCCAAGUCGGCGUUACUCCAGGAGAACCAUGCAGAACAGAGGACAUUAUAAUCCCCAGGAGGUUCUUUCCUCAGGCAAUGGAGUCAGCUCCAGCAAAGGCAACAAGCCUUCUCCCAUUCGAGGUGCCUGGUCAGCUAUGCCCGUGGUCAGCCCGGUGGCAGCUGCUCCUGCCUGUGCUCCGAUGGAAAUCGAGGCUCUUCCCAGGAGUCCUGGAGGAGAAAAGAGAAGUAUGCCCAUGGUUGCUGACCUGAUGGAGACGUGCAUUGACGAUGUCCUCAGAGCUCCUGUUGUUCCCACGGUGACGGCUACAGAAGAGGCCGGACCGAGCAGUGCCUACGCUGCCCCGAGCGCCACCGGAGAAGAUCCUCUCUGCCUUGCUGAAGCAGCAGCUCGUCUGAAGCAGCUAGAGUUGGAGAGUAGCCCGCUUCUUGGUGCCCAAAAGAAUAACAUCAACGUCAACAUGGUUAUGAACAAUCAGGAUGAUGUGGUGAAGCUGUCAGAGAAGUGUGGUCUGAGCAGUGCGAGCAGUAGUCCAGUUGUCACUCCACUGCGCACCCCAGAGGAUCUGAAGAGUAACAUACUGAAAGCACAAGCUGAAGCUGCUGCCCUCAAGGGAUCUUUGGAGGAACAUGCCGUAAUUGUCGGUGAUAAGAACUGUAACUUGCAGGAGGCCUCUGCAAGGUUGAAAGUGCGUACGGGGCGAUUGGGCAGUAACUCAUCUCUGACAGUCAGCAGUCGCCCUGACAUCCAAGACUCCUGGGACCUGCUCAAGCCAGCCUCACUGGUCUCAUCAGCAGGGGCCAGUGCUGAGAUGCUCGCUGAAGAUGUGAACCACUGUGUUCCUAAGAUACCCUCUGAGUCUGCCAUCGAAGCCAUGGCACCAAAGGUUAAAGCAGAGGAAGUUGCCCUGAUAAACACCGCCCCACUGUCUGACAACCUGAUUGAUUUCACAGAUCCAACUCCUGUGCUACCAUCAGUGCAGCAGCCCAAACCUGCCAUCACUCCGCGCUGGAUCAUUCCUACAACUGCUCCUCCUGGCGUCUUUACUAACGGCCUGCUCGACCUUGACCCCCCCGCUAAGGUCCACCCUCUUCUCCCUGCAGAUGGGGGAGCAGCUCUCGCCCCAGCCCUCGCCCCAGCCCUCCCCCACCUCGCUCACACGCGUAACACCAUCUCCACCAGCACUGUGGGUCAGCAGCCAGCCUCGGAGGAUGGAGCCAAACCCAGAGGUCUCCUGACCACUGAGCUCUGAUGAAGAAACGAGGAGCAGCCAUCACAACAUUUUGUCUCCCUGACUGCUUCUUUCCCUCCUCACCCAUCGACUGACAACCAAGCUGGGCCACAUGUGCUGAACACUGAGGGGUGAGAGGAAAGUGGAACCAGGGGAGAGGCAGCUUACAAACACAUUGAACAAACACAACUCAGUGCACAGGAAAAUAAUAGGAAUACAAUACAGUUUUACAGUCACAGUCACAAAGCCUAGUUAAAACCAACAUUUAGAUCCAGUAUUAACAUCUUAAGAACACCUAACUUGUGAAUCCCCUGUAUGAGUUCACCGUCAGUGAGCAGAGUCCAUCCAGUCAAACAUAACUAGCACCAUCUCCUUGCUGAUGACAGGUGAUGAGAGGUCUUGUUUUCCAACUUGUUUGCUGCAGAGGUCAAGUUGGCACUGAAACAUAAGGUGUGUUGCAUAAAAGCAUAAGGCUUCAGACUCAAAGGGUAGGUUGUCUCUUUUAGUGCUGCUUUCCUCCCCUUUUUUAAUGGAGCCGUUUCAUUACUGGUUAUUGACAUCACUUGAUCCUGCAGCUCUGCAUUUAGAGCUGAUGCUGAAGUACACUGGAUGAAGGACUAAAGAAGAAUCUAUAAAAAAAAAAGACUUGAGAAAUUGAUUCUAAGAGAUAAAAAACGUCUUGACUCUUGGAUAUGACACUAUACUGUCCUUGUAGCACACUACAGACCUUUUUAAGCCCAGUCAAUACUACGUCUGUUGGCAGCCACUGGAUAUGAAUGAAAACUUCACUGGAUUAUUUUUGCUACACUGGACCUUGAAAUUCAUUUUUCCCCCAAUGGACUACAAUAGUGGUGACCACUUUAGUUUUUUCAUCUGUUUUUUUUUUUGUUAUCCUGCUCUUCCUUUUUUUUGGUCUUUUUUUUAUGUUUUAAUUUGCUCAUCGCAGUACUUUUGAAUUCACACACUUUGGUAGCAGCAUCAUGAGGGACUGAAGAUCACUAAUAAGAGUUAUUUCUCUAUGUUCUGCUCUUUGUAUACUUUUAUCAUGACUUUGAGUGAAAGACUACACAAUUUAGUUUUUACAUUUUACCUAAAAUGUGAUCCUAUACUCUGUUUUCACUGGAAAUCGCUGCCUCGUUAAUAAUUUUAUCACCUACAGUCAUGGGAAAAAUUAUUAGACCAUUGUUUUCUUCAAUCUCUUGUUAAUUUUAAUGCCUGGUACAACUAAAGGAACAUUUGUUUGGACAAAUAUAAUAACAACAAAAAUGGCUCAUAAGAGUUUAAUUUAAGAGUUGAUAUCUAGACAUUGUCCAUUGUUUUCUUGAUAAUAACCAAAAUCAUUAUCAAGAAAACUAAUUUACUAAAUUACUAUUGAAACCUUUUACUUUUCCUAUGAUCCCAUUUUUUUUUGGUUGCCUAUCUUGAUAUCUGAAUUAAUUUUGGACAGUAAUCUGACUCAUGUGGCUCCUGGUAUAAACAUGCUGUAGUUACUACCCUGAAUGUAUUCAAAUAGUCUCAUGUGAGAAUGCUGGAGAUGCACAGUAUGAAAACUUUUAAAACUUCUUUUUUUAAAUUUCUAAUUUGCUGAUAUAGUUUAUAACUGGAUCAGAACCUGUGAAAUAUCUUUAAAAAGCUGAUUUUAUACAUGUGAAAUUGAGGCCUAAGUCUAUAUUUUCUGAUUUAUUAAUGAACUAUAUCACAUUGACUCUUAAAAAAAAUAUUUUUUUGUUCAAUCAGCAGCCCAUAUGUCACAUUCAUUCAACUACGCCUGUAGUUUUUUCAUUUCGAUGGUGAUUUCAUGAUCUGUCUCAAACAAGGGAAGCUGACCGUUUUAUUCUUAGCAGUAACAGUUAUUUAUGCUACUACUCAGUGUAAUUGUUCAAAUAUUACAUGUUGUCCAAAAGUGUUGUAGCCUACAGUAAUAAUGUAUUGUCAGUAUAAUGGCAUCAGCUGGCUGUAGAUAUGAAGUAGAUUUAUAUAUAUAUUUUUUGAAAAUUGAUGUUGGCAGUAUUGUUACUACACACUGAGAAGAUUUCUGCAUUGAAGUGUUUUCUAAUUACAGAACAAGUAGGGAAAUUAUUGCUGAUCAGACUGACUGGAAAAACAGAUUGUGGUGUCUCAAAUGCAAUUUUAUAUCAACUUUUUUUUCUGGAAUACCUGACCAUGAUUCAGUAAAGCUUUGCUACAGUAGGAA